GUUGACGCAAGCAAACCUGCUUACCUAAUCGCUCUCCUCACACAGAGGAAAAAACGCAAAUGGCGAAAGUUAUAUAUAUCUCCAUACAAUCAGUACAAAUGUACUCAAAUUUAGUCACGCAACUAGCGGAGAAGAAAACAGUAAAAAGGGAGUCUUUUUUUCUUCAUUUGAGCAAUGGAGGAUGCCUAGAGUAAAGCUGGGAAGCCAAGGACUUGAGGUUUUGGUUGUAUGGGGCUUACUGGAGUUUAUAAUACUCCUCUUCCUGAGGAGGAAGGGAUUGCAAUAAUCAAGGAGGCUUUUAAUAAAGGAGUCACAUUUUUUGACACAUCAGAUGUUUAUGGCAUGGAUCAUUCGAAUGAAUACUUGGUCGGGAAGGCAUUAAAGCAAUUGCCUCGAGAAAAAAUACAGCUUGCAACAAAGUUCGGUAUUUAUAAGAUCGAACCAACUAAGAUUGCAGUGAAAGGAACUCCGGAAUAUGUUCGUUCCUGCUGUGAAGCCAGCUUAAAGCACCUAGAAGUGGACUACAUUGAUCUCUACUAUGUGCACCGUAUAGACACAACAGUGCCCAUUGAGGAAACAAUGGGAGAACUUAAAAAAUUAGUUGAAGAAGGUAAAAUAAAGUAUAUUGGCCUGUCUGAAGCUCACCCAGAGACGAUAAGGAGAGCACAUGCAGUUCAUCCUAUCACUGCUGUACAGCAGGAGUAUUCCCUAUGGACGCGUGACAUUGAGGAUGACAUAAUUCCAGUUUGCAGGGAGCUUGGAAUUGGGAUUGUUCCAUAUGGCCCUGUUGGACGUGGGCUUUUUGCUGGAAAAGCAGUUGUUGAAAGCUUGCCCGCUAACAGCUUUUUGACUACACACCCUAGGUUUACUGGAGAGAAUUUUGAAAAGAACAAAUCUAUAUACUUCCGUAUGGAAGGAAUAGCCAAGAAACAUGGAUGCUCUCCUGCUCAACUUGCUAUUUCAUGGGUCCUUCACCAAGGGGAUGAUAUUGUACCUAUUCCGGAUUUUGGCUAAUGGAAACAGCCGAAUGAGUAAGGAUGAAUAUAGGCGCAUUAACGAAAAGAGACUUUGUACAACAUUUGAGAGGCUGAGAGGUGUAGGGGGGAUAUGUUAUUCAUUAAUCUUGACAUGAUUGAUAACUAGUUGCUAUUAAGUUUGGCCGUUUAAUGUAGUAUUGUCAUUUAUCCAGAGAUAGACAAGCUUUGUGUAUAUACACUCCAUUUCUCAAUCUGCAGGACUAGCAGUAGCACUCACUUGACACUUUGUUAACCAGAACAUUUGUAGGUUGUAUGCCAUUAUAAAAUCUAAAAGACAAAAAAGAAGAUAAAGGUGUGCAAUACUUCCGGUUUAAAUUUUUCUGCCUCAAGAAAUGGAGAGCAUCAAGAAAUCAGAUGCCGUUACAAAUUGUGCUUUGAUUUCUUAAAGACACGACGUGUGAAUACUGAGUUAGCCUCCUCUCUUAUUAUAGGUACAACCAAGAUAAAAAAUCUUCACGAUAACAUAGGUUCCGUGAGAGUAAAGCUCACAGGGGAAGACGUAAAGGAACUUUCUGAUGCAGUGCCCAUUGGUGAAGUGGCAGGGCAGAGAAUUGGCGAGGCUCUUUAUAAGACAUCAUAUAAGUUUUCCAUUACACCACCACCAACAAAAUGAUCAAUGCUGUGCUAUUGCAAGUGCAGGCUUGACUCUUUUGCAUGUUAUUUCUUAAAGACACGACGUGUGAAUACUGAGUUAGCCUCCUCUCUUAUUAUAGGUACAACCAAGAUAAAAAAUCUUCACGAUAACAUAGGUUCCGUGAGAGUAAAGCUCACAGGGGAAGACGUAAAGGAACUUUCUGAUGCAGUGCCCAUUGGUGAAGUGGCAGGGCAGAGAAUUGGCGAGGCUCUUUAUAAGACAUCAUAUAAGUUUUCCAUUACACCACCACCAACAAAAUGAUCAAUGCUGUGCUAUUGCAAGUGCAGGCUUGACUCUUUUGCAUGUUAUUUAUCGUUUUCCCUCUGAAAUUUAGUGUCAUAUGAUUCCUCUCUUUCUGUACUGCCACAGUUGAAUAAAGAUCUGUCUUCUUGAAUUGCCAUAGUUGACUAAAGGAUAUGUCGGCUUGUGUUUUAUCUCGGGCAAAGUUGAGACUA